AUGGGCUCGGACCGUGGUGCAGAAAAUUGGCGAUUUGUGAAGCAAGUUGUCGAAGGACGAUGGUUUUCGGUAUUCGCCGCAUUUCUCAUCAUGAUCGGCUGUGGUUCAACUUACUUGUUUGGUACAUACUCGAAAGUUUUAAAGACCAAAUUUGAUUAUAAUCAAACGCAACUUAGCCACUUGGGAUUCGCUAAAGAUCUCGGUUCCAACCUCGGUGUUUUUGCUGGACUUUUUGCCGAGGUGGCUCCGCCGUGGAUGCUUUUCCUUGUAGGCUUAACCCUCAACUUCUUCAGCUACUUCAUGAUUUGGCUCUCUGUUACUGAGUACGUCCCAAAGCCUGAACUGUGGCUAAUGUUUAUUUACAUUUACAUUUCCGCUAAUGCACAAAACUUUGCCAAUACGGCCGUCAUGGUAACUAGUGUCAGAAACUUCCCUGAUCAAAGAGGCAUCAUUUUAGGCCUUCUCAAGGGCUUUGUGGGCCUUGGUGGAGCCAUUUUAACUCAAAUCUAUUUUGCCAUUUAUGGCCAUCAAGAUCCUAUCAAUCUUGUACUCCUUCUUUCAUGGCUACCCUCCAUUAUAUGCUUCUUGUUUUUUCUUUCAUUUCGAACGAUCAAAGCUAGGAAGCAUCCACAAGAACUCAAAGUGUUCUUCCAUUUACUUUACGUCUCCAUUACAAUGGCGGUCUUCAUCUUGUUUCUCACCAUAACCCAAAAACACACUCCUUUCACUCAUGCUAAUUAUGUUGGUGGCACGUCCGUCAUUGUUGUCUUGCUCUGUCUCCCUCUCUUGAUAGCUAUUAAAGAAGAAUUGUUUCUCUUCAAACUCAAUAAACAAACCAAAGAUCCUUCAGUUGUAGUUUCAAUUCCUGUUCAAAAACUUGAAGAAAUUUCUGAAACUUCUUCACCUUGUUUCUCAAAUAAAAGAUCUAACAAGCCUCAAAGAGGAGAAGAUUUUGGUAUCGUACAAGCUCUGUUUAGCAAAGACAUGGCUCUUAUUUUCAUAGCAACAGUUUCAGCUUGUGGUUCAUCAGUUGCUGCCAUUGAUAAUCUUGGCCAAAUCGCUGAAUCACUUAACUAUCCAUCUGAAACCAUAAAUGUCUUCGUUUCAUGGAUUUCCAUUUUCAAUUUCUUCGGCCGGGUUUGCUCCGGUUUCGUCUCCGAAACUCUUAUGACAAAAUACAAAUUACCUCGUCCUCUUAUGUUUGGCCUUACCCAAGUUAUAACUAGCAUUGGUCUAAUCUCCAUUGCUUUCCCUUAUAAAGAUUCAGUGUAUGCAGCUUCAUUGAUUAUUGGGUUUGGAUUUGGAGCUCAAACUCCAUUGCUAUUUGCUUUAAUCUCUGAUCUCUUUGGGCUUAAACAUUACUCCACGCUUCUGAAUUGUGGGCAAUUGGCAGUUCCAUUUGGAUCUUAUAUAAUGAAUGUUCAUGUAGUGGGGAAGUUUUACGAUCGGGAAGCUACGAAAAUCGGUAACGUGAAGAAUGGGAAGGGGCUAACUUGUACAGGAACUCAUUGCUUUAGUGAGUCUUUCCAGAUUUUGGUUUUAGUGACAUUGUUUGGAGCAAUGACUUCCUUUGUGUUGGCUUAUAGAACUAGAGAGUUUUAUAAAGGGGAUAUAUACAAGAGAUAUAGAGAUGAUCAAAUGUGGAGUACUCAAUCGGAUACGGAAUUAUAUUCUUCGGAUAAUAAGAAGAUGAAGAACGACACUACUGAUAAUGAUGAUGAUGGAAGCAAAUUUGUCUCAAAAUAA